UCGUGAAUUGCGCAGUUACGAUCCGCAUCAUUUCUGCCGCACUCUUUCACAGAUGAACAACGCUGACGAGAAUCGUGGCGGUCGCAAAGGACCGGAACCCCGAGGUGCUAACCAGCAACGUCAGUCUGGAGGCUCUCGAGAUGGGACACCUGGCCCUUCGCAGAGUAGAAGAGGUGGGAAGGCAGGCUCGUCUAUGAACAGAAAUACCGACGCUACCCAGAACGGUUCUUCUUGCCAGACCAUGAUUUCGCCGCCCAACGACCAUGUUCCCAUGACUGGGUACAACGCAGACGCUGUGGAGGCGAUGCUGAAGCAAGGCUGCGAAGCUAGAGCACCAUUGUACAGAUCAGAGGUCAAGUCGCAGAGUACCAAAACAGAGAGUCCAUGGGGUGUAAAGCCGGGAGCCAUGGCCAGUGGCAAGGACUUCUGGAUUGAUCUGCGAAAGCAAGUUGCAGCUUUGCAACAGUCUGGUGGCACUAGUCGAGGCGGCUGAUCCUUCUUGGUGGUCGGGAAAGACUCGACUCUCUUCAGCGGCAUUUAUGGGGGGCGUUUGCCUGGUUCUACAAGAUACCCACGGGGACGGCGCAUUUUCAGCAUGCAGGUGGCUUAACUUGGACAAUUUCUUGUGACGACGAACUUGGCGGUCCACUGCCUUGGAAGUACAUAUGUUGCGGCUCAUGUUCACGGUUCCAGCCCAUCUUGAGUCCAUCAGGACAUUGGAGGGACUUGUACAAUUCGUUAUCUCUUGAGUUUGUUAUUACAUUGGCAUCUUGUGUUCAAUCAGACCUCUACCUUUAGGCUGUUGUGAGACACUCACUGAUUUUGUAGUGCUUGACUCUUUUCCCCUGUUGUCUUUUCUCCAGUUAGUACCAAAGCCCUACGAAAGGCGACGAUCGAUUCAGCUCCAGGCGGUUCAAGAAAAUAAGCGAGCGG